GCAGCGCGCCGAGGUCGAGCGCCUCUACGGCGGGCCCGGGGGGCUGCUGGAGGAGGAGCGGGCCCAGGCCGACUUCGAGGCCUUCCUGCAGCGCUACAUCGCCUUCCUGCACCGGCAGGCGCCGGACUACGGGCUGCCGCCAGACGGGGCGGCCCCGGAGGCGGUGAAGGCGGCGAGGGCGGCUCCUGCGGGCGGCGCCGGCACGGCCGCGCAGCGGGCCGCCGCCGGCCUGCCGCGCGUGCUCGACCAGCGCUUCCGGCACAACUUCGCGGUGGCCCCCGGGCGGGGGGAGAGGGGCAGCAGGACCCGCACGCCGCUCUCCGACCUGGACGCGGCCUUGUUCCGAGGCGCGGUGCAGCACUACGAGGACUUCCGCCAGCGCCAGGCCAUGCAGAAAGUGCGGAAGCUGCAGUCCGUGGUGCGGAGCCUCCCGGUGGCUGCUGAGAGGCGAGCGCUCUGCGAGGCCGUGAGGAAGCACCCCGCCGUGCUGGUUGUUGGCGAGACGGGGUGCGGCAAGUCCACGCAGGUGCCCCAGUACUUGCUGGAGGCCGGCUACCGCAGCAUCCUGGUGACGCAGCCCCGGCGCAUCGCUGCCGCCUCGCUGGCUCGGCGAGUGGCCCAGGAGAGGCUGCAGGGGGGGGGCUCCCAGGUGGCUCACCAGGUGCGCUUCGACUCCACGCGGUCGCGCAACACCAGGAUCUUGUUCGUGACGGAGGGCAUUCUGCUGCGCCUGCUAGAGGCCGACCUGGACGCGGCACGCUUCGACGUCAUUGUGGUGGACGAGGUGCACGAGCGCCACCUGACAGUGGACCUUCUACUGGGCAUCCUCCGCGGGGUCAUCCACGAGCGGCGGCCCGAUCUGAAGCUGGUGCUGAUGUCCGCGACGCUGCAGCGGGAGCUCUUCGUGGACUUCUUCGACUUGGACGCGGAGGCCGUGGUGGAUGUCCCCGGCCGCUGCUUCCCGGUCGAGACUGAGCAUAUCCAGCUCCCCGGGGAGCCCGAGACCAUUCGGAACGACAUCGUGAGGCGGCCGAAGAGGAGGACGGAGUUCGACUGCGAGCCGUACCUGCAGAUCCUGAAGCGCCUCGAGGCCCAGACCCAAGCGGACGAGCGGGGCGACGUGCUGGUGUUCUUGCCCGGCGUGUUCGAGAUCGAGACGUUGAUUGCUGCAAUCGUCGAGUUCUCGUCGCGGACAAAGCGUUGGAUCGCGUUGCCUUUGCACUCGCAGCUCCCGCUGGAGCAGCAGGAGAAGGUGUUCGACAUGGCGCCGCCGGGCGUCAGAAAGGUCGUCGUGUCCACCAAUAUUGCCGAAACGUCUGUAACCAUUGACGGCAUCCGCUUCGUCAUCGACAGCGGGAAGAUGAAAGGGAUGGACGUCGACGCGAUCUCUUCCGUCCGCCACCUUGCAGAGCGCUGGGUCUCGCAGGCUUCCGCAGAACAGCGCAAGGGCCGCGCGGGGCGCACCGGGCCUGGCAGGUGCUACCGGCUGUUCUCGGAGCGGCUCCACGGGCACCUGGAGGCGUUCGUGGUGCCGGAGAUCCACCGGGCAGCGCUGGAGACGCCGCUCCUGCAGGUCAUGGCCCUGGGCUUCGAGCUCCCGCUCUUCCGCUUCCCCGAGUCGCCGCGGGCAGAGGCGGUCGCGAUGGCGCUGAGGCGCCUCAUCCUCAUGCACGCCGUCGUGCCGCUGGCUGCCCCGGAGGCCGAGGCCCAGGAGGAAAAGACAGCAGGAGCUUGA